CCAAACGUUCCAUUCUAUAAGUAGUAAUCCAAGACUCCAAGAGCACACCACCCUAUCCCCCCACCACCACUCGCCCGACUCGAGCGAUGCCUCCUCCUCUCCCGGUCUCCCCUCGUCGGCGCCCGAUCGAUCUCAGUUUACACAAUCAAGAUGAGUCGUGGUGGGAGUGCUGGUGGUGGUCAAAGUUCCCUGGGUUACCUGUUUGGAGAUAGUGAGCCCCCAAAACCUGCUGCAGCGCCAACUGCAAAGGCUUCACCUGCUGAGAAAUUAGCACCCGCAGCUGCUGAGGUAACCAAGCAAAUUCCAGCUGGCAUUCAGGGUAGCCAAGCUAACAACUAUCACAGAGUAGAUGGCCAGAACACUGGCAACUUCCUUACGGACCGUCCUUCAACCAAGGUUCAUGCUGCUCCUGGUGGCGGCUCGUCCCUGGGCUACUUGUUUGGUGGAAAGUGAUCUUAAGCGUGGCGCUUAAUGCAGGACCGAAUGAUCACUAUCUAUGUUACCAGUGUGGGAAAAACUUUUAAGUCAUUUAAGCUCGGCAAAUCACCCCUUUAUUGAUGUACUAUAUGGUUCUGUGUUAGGGGAACCUGCUUGGAUGUCAGCUUGCCUAAAUCAUGUUGCUUCCAAGGCAAAUUAUGUUAAUAGCAGAAUUCGUUGUUUUCAGUUCUUUGUUUGCCCA